AUACGGUGGCGCAAGAGCAGGAUACGGAGCUCGUUCUAUUGAUGGUCACGCAACGAGAAGAGGAGAUUAGAACGGAGACGAGAGGAAACCAGAAGAGGGGGCAGCUGCGACCAUUUUGAAUCCCACCUUGGUUUGACGAGGUUUGUUGUGUUGCGCCCUCCUCCACCACCUGCUUACAUCUUGGCCCAAGCUUGUGUCAAGAAGAUGCACCAUCUGGAUGCAUCCGCAACUCCACACCAGCCGCCAAUUCGUCGUGUUUCUGGUAGUUCUUUCUCAGCGUCGGUACUUCAUUCAUUUGGCGGAUUGCGCACCAGGUUAGAACGAGAGAUGGGACCGGCCGAGGGUAAAGUGUUCACGUCAUAAUUCCUUUCUUCUACCAUGUUCCUUCUUGCGGAAGAGUUCAAUUCUCGGUGCGGAGCUUCGAAGGUUGAGAAGCUGUGGAUGCGUGGUCGAGUGGUGGUUCCUCGCAAGUCGCUCGAUGGGCUCCACCGUAGGUCCAUGAGUGGGGCGAUUUGUGGGUCAGAAUUGUGAUGCCCUGGAGGUCUUGAAGCUGAGCAGACAAGGAAUCCUUUUUUUGGUGUUGCAUCAGUCGGUUCGAAAUAUGGGUUUAGUGUGUCGGAUAGUAGUUUUUUCAGAUGGUGGUUCAGAAUUGGAAGCACUUGUCAUCAACUCGAAGGUUUUGCGGCGAAAUUAGACCAGCGAGCAGGUGUAGUGAAUUUAAAAGGAACUCGGUUGUGCAGAUCUUGGUUCAUGGGCGGUAAUAUUUGAGCUGAUUCUGUGAAAAGGAUUGGUGGGAGAGGAGGGGUGUUCGAUUCCCAAAGAUCAUCCAACUCUCGAGGCACAGAUCCUAGCAUUGUCUCUUAAUUUGUCGAGAAGACUUAUGUUCGACCACUCGAGCCUUGCACUGAUACACGGAGCUCCCGUUGAACAUGCGGUGCUGUGUGAAGUUGAAGUUCUACGUGCUAGUUUGCACAUGAAGAAACCUGGAUUUCUGUUCCUUGAACUUUCUUCUUGUCAGAAGCUAUCAGACUCUUUAUCGAUUGAAUUUCCCUGAGUCUGUACGGAAUUGGAGGGAUUUCGAGAAAAGGAGAUGGCUGUUUCCGGGUCGAGAGAGCUAAAUCGAUUGAGCAAACCAAUGUGACACUCUUCAGACUUCCAUCUUCAUUUUAUUUAUUUGUUUUUAUCAAGGGCGUCCUGCAAGUGGCGAGAUGGCAUUAAUCUAGCUAGGAAGUGAAACCGACGCGCAUUUUACAGCAGUGAUUUUUAAGGGACAUCUGCGUAUUUCAUCAAUAGGAUGGUCACCCUAACGCCGGGGAUUCUGCUGAAGCUCCUGCAACAUAUCAACUCAGAUGUGAAGGCUGCAGGAGAGCACCGCUCCGCGCUCUUGCAAGUGAUCUCCAUAAUGCCAGCGCUGCACGGUAGCGAGCUCUGGCCUAACCAAGGAUUCUACAUUAAGGUUUCAGACUCGUCGCACGCCAUGUACGUUUCGCUUGGAGAGGAGCAUAACGAUUUAAUCCUUAGUGACAAGCUGCAAUUGGGACAGUACAUUCACGUGGACAGGUUGGAGGCCGGGUCCCCAGUGCCGCUACUUCGAGGAGUGAGGCUUGUGCCUGGGCGCCAUCAAUGUGUGGGAAAUCCGGAAGACCUUGUGGCCGCGGUUGUGCCCACGUCGGCAAUCGAUGUUUCAGUCCAACCGGAUCUGUUUCAGCCGGAUUUGCGCACCUGGGACACCAUAGACACCAGAUGCGAUUCUAACAGAUUGAAUGGCAGGUUUGAUCCACCUUCCGUGGAAAGCAUUGUAAGGAAGAAUGUGGCGAAACCGAACGGGCCGUUCGUGACUGGGCUCAUCGGGAGGUCUCCUUCUUCCAGGUUUCAGGAUGUGGAAGUUGUGUUGGAGAAGACGAUUGAAAUUUCAUCGGACAACUGCGGGGCGCAGAAAUUUGCGCGUGGCACCAUGGCCAGAACGGUGUCGUUCAGGCCCCAGCCUGGUUCCGAGUUUGCGAGGUCAAGUGUGCCGCUGGAGGAACGAAGGACAAUCUCGAGGUCGAAACUGCGCGCAGAACAUCCGAAAGUGAAUGUAGAUUGUACCUCGGCGCUAAAAGAGGAGAGGAAAACUUCGUCCCCUUCACGAUCCCAGUCUAUUAUGAAAUGUACGUUCUCAGACGAAAGAACAACAGCAUCUUCAUUCCCCAAGAGCGUUGUGGCUCGUGCCGAUGAUCGUAUUAUCUCCUACAGAGAUUCUUCCACCAUCACUUCCAGGGCCAAGCAAACAUCGCCCAUCACUAAAAGGUGUGUGAGCACAGGUAAAGUUGUAAACAGCGUUGAUGCCACCAAGAAACGCAUCGAUGGUAGCACUGGUCGAGCUGCUGAGCCAGUCACUACAGCUGUCAAGAACACGCUGCGCAAGAGCUGGGAAGGUUUGGCCGUUGCCAAGAACUCCAAAGAUCGUCCUCAGCCUAAAACCUCCAAACCAGACGUGAAGGCUAAGUUGUGGUCGUCGGUGUCUGGGUUGAGGAAUAAGCUUGUGGAGAGUGACGGAACGUCGUUGUUAGACAAAAGAUCGUCGUCACCGCAGGUAUCAAGCGGGAGGCCGAACCAAGGAAGAACAGACAGCUCUAGCUCUACGGUAGGGUCCACCUCCCCUACCCACUCUACGUCCAGCGCCACUGUGAAUGACAUCGAUGUAUUUCAGAGACACUCCGGUGGUCACUCCUGGAGCUCCCUGCCUGGCAACCUCGCCACGUUUGGCAAGAAAGCAUUGCAGUCGAGGGAUGCUGCAGCACUGGCAGCGGCUGAAGCACUUCAAGAAGCUUCAGCAGCGGAGAGCGUCCUUCAAAAUCUCAGUAUGUUUGCGGAGCUGUGCUCUGAUGCGCGCAUUGAUCAUCCGCAACCCUCUGUUGAACUCUUUCUGAGCCUCCACCAUUCUCUCAAACAUGCAGUGAUCGUAUCAAAUGCUCUCUCUACAGCUCGCAACGCUCCAGAAUCUGCCACUCUCGCAGACGACAUCAGCGAGGCGGCGAUUGGGAAGGCUCAAGUUGUGAUGGAAAAGUCCUUGAGCGCUGCGAAUUGGGUCACUGCUGCUCUCACCUCUGAUCUAGCUAAUUUUUCAACUCAGAUUAAACAAGCCGGAUCCACACCAGGUAAUGCUCUUCGUAACGCGCCAAAGAGGACCUCGAAUCCGCCGUUGCAGGUCAUACCGGACAAUCCUAGCACGGUGCCCCGAGGGAGGAGUUCCUCACCCUCUGUAACAAGCAGGAACAUUUUAUCAACUCCAACGUCUCCGAGCCAUCGCCCUGCCCUGUCAUCUGUGAGCCACAUCGCCAAUUUAAAGAGAACCGCUGCAGAAUCAAGAUCGCAGUCUCCAGGACCUGUGCUGAGUUCUCGACGAAGCAGCGCAAUCAGCAGAAUUGGGCUAGGGAAGAGCUCCAAAACAACAAGCAAGGUGUCUCCUGAAUCGCAAUCCGUGGAGCCGAAGGCGCCCUCAGCUCGAAGUGCUGCAACGCCGCCACCUGUAUGGGUGAGGGGAAAGGGAGUAGCGGAAACCGCAGAGCUGGCGAAGCAACUGGAGAGUGAAGCUCAGUGGUGGUUCCUCAACUUCAUGGAAAGAGCUCUGGAUGUGGGCUUCCAUGAGGCUACCUCAGCCAGCAAUGAGAGGGAUGACCCACUGCACGGAGCCAAAGUGAUGAGCCAGCAGGAAAAUUGCCACAUUGCCACUAUGUUGUCGCAAUUGAAGCGAGUGAAUGACUGGUUGGACGAGGUGGGCGAUGGACUGGGUCCUAAAUGGAUUGAAACAAAAGCUCGUUUGAAGCGAAAGAUUUACGACUUUUUGCUUCAGCACGUUGAAUCGGCUGCUGCAGCGCUAGGAAAUGUGUCUUCCAUUACGAAGCCGUGCCACUGCGAGAAAGCUGCGAGGGAGGCUGAUGAGGAACAAAGCUGCCUUGGCGACCCUCGAUGACGCCUACACUCACGUUGACAAGGUUGAGGAUGAAGCACGAUUAGGUGAAAAUACUACAGUAGAGCAAGUUGAGACGGUCGGUUCUACACGUGCGUUGGAGUCGGCCAUAUCAGGCUUGCCAGGCCUUGUACAUUACGUUCUUGUUAAUGAAUUCAUUCCGUUCCGUUCUA